AUUCACUGAUAAGAAGAACAACGAUUCAAAAACUGAAGAACUAAGGAAGUAUUCCCGCAAUGGAACGAAGAAAGAAAUAUGUUACAUUGCCUUUGUCAAGGUGUCAGAGGCUUCUUUGACUUUGGCAAAUUGCUCUAACUCAUCUGCCAAGUCUAAAUUUCCAACAGCUCCAGCCAUGAACGAGACAGCAGACUUAACCACACGCUCGAAGGCGGAAACCAUCGGGCUAUGUGUAUCAUUAGGUUUUAUCAUUGCUGUCAGUCUAACAGGAAACCUCCUUCUUAUUUUCAUCUUCAUCAAGAAUCCACGUCUUCGCAGCAGCUUUGCAAACAAACUAAUAAUGAGUCUUGCUGUCGCUGAUUUCUUGACGGCUGCGAUCCCACUCUGCUAUCAGUUUGUAACGAUCAUCGAUGUGACAGUUAUAAGUCAAGGAGGGGUGUUAUGUACUCUUGGCGGACUCCUAUCGUACACCACAUUCUCGAUUUCAAUCAUGACGAUGGUUAUGCUGACUAUUGAUCGGUUUCUUGCUCUUGGUUACGCACUGAAAUACUCUUCCAUUGUCACUCCAAGAGUUAGACUUUGCAUGAUUGCCUAUCCAUGGCUCCAUGGCGCUGUUUUGACGAUUAGUUUUGCCCCUGCCAAUUAUGUCAAGUUUGACCCUAAAGGKCUGGAUUGUGGGCUGUCGUGGAGAGACCGUCCUAUUGCAUUCACAGCCAGUUUUAUGGCUAUCCACGUGGYAUUGCCUUUCGUUGUCCUUUUGGUUCUCAACUCGAGAACCUUGUGGCUGGUUCAUAAACAGAAUCGAAGCAUAUUGAAUAUGGAUGAUGCAAGUUCUACGGGUAAUGAUGGAGUAGCGCAGCAAAUACGUAAUAGGAGAGCCGUUGAAUCGAAACUAGCCAAGGUAUCUAGCAUCAUUGUCUUUUUUGAUCCAAUGAGCAUGGAUUGUGGAAUCGGAUGGAAGUACCGAGAGGACUGGUUUGUCAUGAGUGUACUGUCCGUUAACUUUAUUGUCCCUUUUUCUCUUCUGACGAUUAUGAAUGUGAUGACGCUUAGACUUGUCAGAGAGCAAAACAAGAGUUUAUUURSACAAAAUGGYGAGGAAACUGGYUUAGGAUCACAAGCGAUGUGCAUGACCAGACGACGAGCCCAAAGUGAAGCCAAACUCGCUAAAAUCUCAUUGGCUAUCAUACUARCAUUCAUMAUCUGCUGGACACCKUACAUUGUAACAAGAGCUCUAACAACGUACUGCUGCAGCCUGCCAUCGAUAAUACUAACUGGGGCUAUACUUAUAAUAGAUUUAACAUCGUUAUUGAACCCCAUCAUUUACUCGUCACUUCGAUCAGACCUGCGACUGUCUAUCAGGAAUAUGUUGAGAUCACCAUGUCGGAGUGUGCGAAUACUGCCGAUGAAGACAGAGGGAGAUGACUCAACAAUGGCCAACGUGAUAGCAAUAAAUGGUUCGAAGAAUAAAGAAGAGAAUAUUUGACCUUUGGACCAACGUGGUCGCCAUCUUGAAUCGGUGAAAAAUUAUGGGAUGCGUUGGUAGAAUGUCUUGCGAGAAAUAUCAAACUUGUUAAAUCUUCUAGUAAGUUAUGACUGUACACUAUUGAUGUUAGUUGUCAAAAAAACUUCGAAUGACCGCGAACGAAUUCUUCUGGGUAUUGUUUCUGAAAAAUGGACUCAGUAUUGCAAAAUUCGCAGUUUUCGCUCCUCAGCUAUCAAUCUACUUUUAAUAGCAAUUCAUUGCAAUUCAUUAAAAAAUUAUCGUUUGGACGCGAAGUGCCYUGUGUUAACAUAAUAAUCACAAAUUAAACAUUUAUAAAAUCGU